AUGGUCCUCUCAUUCAUUCUCAUCCAGAACCGGCAGGGUAAGACUCGCCUGGCCAAGUGGUAUGCGCCGUACAGCGAUGAAGAGAAGGUCAAGCUCAAAGGCGAGGUCCACCGUCUGAUCGCCCCGCGCGACCAAAAACACCAGUCCAAUUUUGUUGAGUUCCGCAACACGUCCAAGGUCGUAUACCGGCGCUAUGCAGGACUGUUCUUCUGCGCGUGCGUCGACACCAACGACAACGAGCUCGCAUACCUCGAGGCCAUACACUUUUUCGUCGAGGUCUUGGACGCCUUCUUCGGUAACGUCUGCGAGCUCGACCUUGUCUUCAACUUCUACAAGGUUUACGCGAUCCUUGACGAGGUCUUCCUGGCUGGCGAGAUUGAAGAGACGAGCAAGCAGGUGGUGUUGACCCGGCUGGAGCAUUUGGACAAGCUGGAGUAA